GUUCGCAAUGUUCGCAUUAUCCAUCGGUAUUCGACUCGUCGCUUCGAAGUUUCUAAUUAUUAAUAUCGUUCAGUGAGCUAUUCAGUAUUCGGUUGAGCUCUUAUUGAAGCACGAGUUCGAAAUUUUGUUUAAAAGCAGAUCCGCUAUUACACGUCUGUAUCGGUUAUAUUAUACGGCCACUACGAAUAGGCCAACGACAGCGCGUUUGAAGUCGUGUGUGUCGACGAAAAAAAUGACCGCCUAGGGUUUUUAUGCUGUGCUACAUAUGAGUGGGAAGGCAGUUCGUUGGUCACGCGAGGAAUAAAAGAGGAAGAAGACGUGGCGGCGGAGGCGAGGCCUCCGGAGGGUCGGCGACGACGGAGUGUUUGCGUGUGUGAGUACGGUACAUCUAAGGGGGAGAGGAGCCGAAAAAUGGCGGAUCGCACGAAGACCUCGGUUCCGGCCAAUCGGCCGGUCCCCAUGAAGUUAUUCGCUACCUGGGAAGUCGACCGUACACCCUCAAAUUGCAUACCGAGGUUAUGCACCUUAACACUCACGCGGCUAGUGAUCCUUCGCCCGCUUGGAGCUGAUCUCGCUUCUAUCAGCAUUGCUGUGAAAAUGCAGAGCUCCAAGCGUACACUCCGUUCAAACGAGAUGAUAGUACCGUCGGGGGGGAUCCUCGACACGGAGCUUGAGCUUCAAUUCGCCCUCCAAUAUCCACACUUUCUCAAACGUGAUGGUAAUAAGCUUCUCGUACUCUUGCAGAGACGCAAGCGAUAUAAGAAUCGCACAAUGCUAGGCUACAAAACUCUUGCUGAGGGUAUCAUCAAUAUGGCUCAGGUGCUGCAAAAGCAGAUGGAUUUAGAACUGGAAUUAGUUUCGGACAAAGCAGAGAAGUACGGAGGUCAUUCGUUGGCGCGUGUCAAUGUCGUUGCACUGAGUAGUCAGCCAGUCGACCAAGACAAGAGAUUGAUGAAUGAUCCGGGCGAACGUCUUUGUCAGGAAUUUAGCGAUGAGGAGGAGGAGUUUAGCUCGGAAGGUGAGGCCGAAGGCAGUGACAGUGAACCCACGCUCGAGGUCCACCGGAGAAAGAAUAGAACUAAGAUACCCGGAAAUGCAAGGCAAAGGAAUUUAAAACAAAAAUUUAUUGCUUUAUUAAAACGAUUUAGAGUGUCCGAGGAAUUGGAACAUGAUCAAGAAGAAAUUGGUCAGAAAUUAUCAGGUGGUGACAUGGAAAUCGAGGAGUUGUUUGAUGAAUUAGAAGAUUUAUCGGGCAGUGACCCAGAAUUAGAUACAAUGUCAAUCAGCAGUACACCGAAGCCAUCUUUGCGGCCAUUUUUUAGUUCUAGUCGUUCACUUCUAGCUCCUCCACAAUCUGUAGUAAACAUCGAGGAGCCUGGAAACAACGUGUUGAUGCCUCUCUCUCAGCCAUUAUCUGGACAAUCUAAAGAAAGAUCCCGGAUCGGAUACACUACCUCAGAGCGAGGUGUCGAUAGGCAAAGUGAUGACAGCUCGCGUCGUGCCGAUAGCGACUCUCAUCCAGAGAACUGGACGGAUCAUGAGGCCAACGAUCCGCCGAACCACGCACUUGCAGGUUCGCCACCGAAACUUCUAAACGACCAUCAGCAGGGGAAUAAGGAAAAGAACGAAGUUGGAGACAGGAAGAGCAGGUUGUUUACAAGAGACCGGGGUGGGCCUGGCAGUAACAAGGCCAAAAAGCACAGUCUCAGUGUCGACCUUAAUCUCAAGCCCCUUCUCAAUGAUCUCAACAACUCCGAACCGAGGAAGUUACUAGUGGAGCAGUUGAGCCGUGUUCUCCCGGAUGACACUUUGCCGGAUUCCAUUGCAUUGGUUUCUCUCUCAGAUCCAGGUGGUGCAAUACUUGCUGCUAAUCUCCAAGAUAGAAAUAUUCGCGUCCUGACUGCAGCUUCACCCGCUGAUGUACGCGCAACCUUCACGUGUCUCAUUGCCCGAAUACAAAAAUUUUGCAAUAGUUCAGCGAAGCCACCAACGCCGAUUAAGGUGGUGACGGCCGGUGGCGAUGGUUUCGUAAAUACGGUGCUGCGCCACUACGUUGACCUUUUGAGUUUCAAGUCGCCCGACUGGCAGAGUUAUUUGCGCUUUUUCGUUGUACCUCUCGGCUCUAAUAGCCUCGCUUGGUACCUCGCCUCCGUGGAUGCCAGGUACUCUCUUCUUUUUUGUGAUGAGUGGCGAGAGCUCUUAGAACGCGAGGGAGCGUGUGCUGGUGAGUGCGCGGCCAGAGUUGCUGAAUAUCUAGCCUCUUCCGCAUGGACGCUGCUCUUGCCUAUCGCCGAGGCCAUGGUCACCUAUAGGGAAACUGACGACAGCAGCCAGAUUUUCGUACCAUUCGUGAAUGAUGUGCGCGUUGGCUGCUACGAGAGUAGUGCUUCAGCUUCGGUUGAUCUAGACGAGGGCGGCGCGACAACCUCGAGCUCUCCCCCGUCGCUCCCAGCCUCGGGCUCCCUACCUAUGGGACCAACUUCGGGUAGACUCACUCCGCCCAGCAGCCCCAACGUUGGUCAGCCAAGGGAAGGCUGGGAGCCCGUAGAACUCCAGCUUGACUACUGGGGCAAAUCCACUACCAGUGAGAAGGUCAAAUGCUCCCUGAGGCAAGCUUUUAAGAUCUUGCACGUACAAAGGUUGUCACCCUCUGGAGAGCCUCCUGGACAGAAUCUCUCCAUCUUCUAUAUGACCAAAGAAAAAAAACAGAAAAUAAUGAGACUGGGUAAGAAAAAGGAAAAAGAAAAAGAAAAUGAGCCAAAGUGUCAACAAGUUGAUGGUGUAACACGUCUAAUAUGUUCAGCAAAGACUCAAAACAUUCCACUAAGAGUGAGCAUCGACGGCACGGAAUGGUACGGUGUCAAGUUCUUCCAGCUCUCUUCUCAGUGGCAGACACACAUUAAAACCUUUCCAGUUGCAAUGCUAGCCUUCAAUUCGCAGCAGCAGUCACCGAGCCUUACGUGAAUCAAUGGUUUCUUAUUCGUUACUUCGUAUUUGAACAGAAAGGCAAAUGAGAAGAAGUGAUACUAGAAAUACGUAACAGCUCAAGAUAUUAUACUUUAGAAUAUGAAUACUUACGUCUAUCUAAUCAAUUUUGAGCUCCCACUUUC